UUGUGCUGCACUCAUUGGCUAGUCAAGCCUAGGGUAUGUCGUUCUAUGAUUGGUGGGGAUUAGCUGUGGGCGGAGUCGGAAAAAGCAGCUGUCAUGGCGGAGCUGAGCGAGGCGCUACUCUCUGUACUGCCGUCCAUCCGGGUGCCAAAAGCCGGGGACCGAGUUCAUAAAGAUGAGUGCGCCUUUUCCUUCGAUACCCCGGAAUCUGAUGGAGGUUUGUAUAUUUGCAUGAACACAUUCCUGGGCUUUGGAAAGCAAUAUGUGGUGAAAUAUUAUGAGAAAACAGGUCAGCGAGUUUAUCUGCAUCUUAAGAAGACACGCAAAUUGAAAGAAGAAGAUACCAACUCCAGUGCUGGGGAUCCUCCGAGGAAGAAACCAACUCGUCUAGCUAUUGGUGUGGAAGGCGGGUUUGACAUCCCAGAGGAGAAAUAUGAAUAUGAUGAACAUAUCAAAAUAGUCAUUUUGCCAGAGCACUUGGAUAUUCCUCGGGAUGGACUGGAGGGUCUGCCAGACAUGGUCAAGGACAGGAUUUCUAGUGCAAUUGAAGCUAUUCUGACAGCAGACUCUGCCUCACGGAAGCAGGAGGUGCAAGCUUGGGAUGGAGAGGUUCGGCGUGUGUCAAGGCAUGCCUUCUCCCUCCAGCAGCUCCAGAAUGGUGUCCGUAUCCCUCCUUGUGGCUGGAAGUGCAGCAAAUGUGAUAUGCGUGAGAAUCUGUGGCUCAACAUGACCGAUGGCUCCAUCUUGUGUGGCCGACGCUACUUUGACGGCAGUGGAGGGAACAACCAUGCAGUAGAACAUUACCGGGAAACUGGCUACCCUCUGGCUGUGAAGUUGGGAACAAUCACUCCUGACGGAGCUGAUGUCUAUUCUUACGAUGAGGACGACAUGGUUUUGGAUCCCAACCUGGCUGAACACCUGGCUCAUUUUGGGAUAGACAUGCUGAAAAUGCAGAAGACCGACAAGACAAUGACAGAGCUAGAGAUUGAUAUGAACCAGCGGAUCGGCGAGUGGGAACUGAUCCAGGAGUCUGGGGUUCAGCUCAAGCCCCUCUAUGGCCCUGGCUACACAGGCAUCCGUAACCUGGGAAACAGCUGCUAUCUCAACUCAGUAGUACAGGUGCUGUUUAGCAUACCAGACUUCCAACGGAAGUACGUAGACAAGAUAGACAAAAUAUUCCAAGGUGCUCCCACAGAUCCUACACAAGACUUCAACACCCAAGUAGCCAAGCUGGGCCAUGGGCUGCUCUCUGGGGAAUAUUCAAAACCAGCUCCUUCAGACGGAGAACAGCAACUGGACCAGAAGGGCAUUCAAGAUGGCAUUGCACCACGUAUGUUUAAAUCUCUUGUUGGUAAAGGUCAUCCAGAAUUCUCUACCAAUCGACAACAAGAUGCUCAGGAGUUCUUCCUGCACUUCAUCAACAUGGUGGAGAGGAACUGCCGGAGCUCUGAGAACCCAAAUGAGGUCUUCCGCUUCUUAGUGGAGGAGAAGCUCAAGUGCUUGGCCACGGAGAAAGUGAAAUACACCCAGCGCGUUGAUUACAUCAUGCAGCUGCCGGUGCCCAUGGAGGCAGCACUGAACAAAGAUGAGUUGCUAGAAUAUGAAGAAAAGAAGCGGCAGGCGGAAGAAGAAAAGCAGCCACUGCCUGAGCUGGUCCGUGCCAAGGUGCCUUUCAGCUCCUGCCUUGAGGCCUAUGGAGCCCCAGAACAAGUAGAUGACUUCUGGAGUACAGCCUUGCAGGCCAAGUCUGUAGCACUCAAGACAACCAGGUUUGCAUCCUUCCCAGAUUAUCUAGUGAUCCAGAUCAAGAAGUUCACUUUUGGCCUAGAUUGGGUGCCAAAAAAACUUGAUGUCUCCAUUGAAAUGCCAGAUGAGUUGGACAUCUCUGCGCUUCAGGGGACAGGCCUGCAGCCUGAGGAGGAGGAGAUGCCUGAUAUAGCACCCCCACUGGUGACACCAGAUGAGCCCAAAGGUAGCCUGGGUUUCUAUGGCAACGAGGACGACGACUCCUUCUGCUCCCCUCACUUCUCCUCUCCAACAUCUCCCAUGUUGGACGAGUCUGUGAUUACUCAACUAGUGGAGAUGGGCUUUCCAACGGAUGCUUGCCGCAAAGCUGUGUAUUACACUGGAAACAGUGGGGCUGAGGCUGCAAUGAAUUGGGUCAUGUCACACAUGGAUGAUCCAGAUUUUGCCAAUCCUCUGGUGCUUCCAGGAUCCAGUGGGCCAGGUUCCACUAUCACCUGUCCAGAUCCCCCAUCUGAAGAUAGCGUGGCAACCAUAGUCUCCAUGGGCUUUUCUCGGGAUCAGGCUAUGAAAGCACUAAGAGCUACGAAUAACAGCCUUGAACGGGCUGUGGACUGGAUCUUCAGUCAUAUUGACGAUCUGGAUGCUGAAGCUGCCAUGGACAUUUCGGAGGGGCGUUCAGCAGCAGAAUCCAUCUCUGAAUCUGUCCCUGCAGGGCCAAAAGUGCGUGAUGGAUCUGGAAAAUACCAGCUUUUUGCCUUCAUCAGCCAUAUGGGCACAUCCACUAUGUGUGGCCAUUAUGUUUGUCAUAUCAAGAAGGAGAACAGAUGGGUGAUCUAUAAUGACCAGAAAGUCUGUGCGUCUGAGAAGCCUCCCAAGGAUCUUGGCUACAUCUACUUCUACCAGCGGAUCCCCAGUUAGGACCCUCUCCUGCUGAUUGUGAAGCAGGAGCCAGCUGAUGGCAGGAAGAGGGGGGAUGGCAGCGAUGAAUGCAAAGGAGAGUGCCAACUCUCAACCCUUAUGUGUCUGCGUGCUACUGCUGCUGCCCCAGAAGCAGAAUUCCUCCAUAUGGAAGCUGGAGUCUGGUGCCCCUCUGAUGGACACUGAUGGGUGGGGGUGGGGGGUGGAUUUGAACCUCUGUGUAAAAAAAAGAAGGAAAAAGAUCUCACUGAUCCAGUCACCCAAGGGACAUCCAUGCACAAUAUGUCCCUUCUUGAUGUAACUAUAACACUCUUGGACAAUUUAGAAAAGGGUGGGGACAGCAGGGAGCACUUGGGUUAUGUCUGCCUUUAUGUACCAUAUAGAGUGGGCUUCUCCCACCUUCUGGCAAUUGUGCAGGAAAUAACCUGGAUCAUAAAGCAGCACCUGUUUUUCAUGUGCCCCUUAAAUGCCAGAACACAAAGGAUCAAAUAAAAACCUUGUACCCCCUUCCACAA